AUUGACGAAAACUGAAGCUUAGCAAUGUCGUUUUUCCAAGACCCAAAUGCAUCCUCCGCCGCUUUGCGUAAGAAAAAGACCCUUAAAAAGCUGAUCAACUUCUCCAUCAUGGUGAUUGGAGAAAGUGGGAUUGGACGGUCGACUUUCAUCAAUUCGUUGUGUGGAGGGAACUCGAUCGUGCCUACAUCUUCCACUGUUGACCAAGAUCCAUUUUCCAAAAAAUUGACGUUAAGACAUGAAAAUGUCGAGUUGGAAGACAAUGAGGGACACAAGAUUCUGUUGAACAUCAUUGACACUCCUAAUUUUGCCAAUUCUAUUAACUGUGAUGAUGAUUUCAAAGUGAUUGUUGACUUUAUCAGACACCAAUAUGAUGAGGUGUUGUUGGAAGAGAGCAGGGUCAAGAGAAACCCUCGUUUCAAAGAUGGCCGAAUCCACGUAUUGCUCUACAUGAUCAAUCCUACUAGCCAUGGGUUAUCUGAAAUCGACGUCAAGUUUCUUCUUCAUGUGAAUAAAUUGGUCAACUUGAUACCUGUCAUUGGAAAGAGUGACUCGUUGACCCCCGAAGAAUUAAAAGAGAACAAGAAGUUAAUCUUGGAGGAUUUGGACAGCUACGGAAUCAACCACUAUAAAUUUAACGAAUACGAAUAUGAACUGGACUACAUUGACGAGGAAAUCAUUGAGUACAAUAAAUACUUGAAUUCGUUGUUACCGUUUGCCAUCAUUGGAGCCAACGAAUUCAAGCCCUCCAAUGCGGAAGAAGAUGAGUUGUUGAAAUUGAGAGUAUUAAAUCCUCUCAACUCCAAGCCCAUUAACAUUGAGAUGCCCGAAUAUAACGACUUCACCAUAUUGAAAAAUGUAUUAUUAAUUACGCAUUUGAAUGAAUUCAAGGAAAUCACUCACGAAGUGAUCUACGAAAACUACAGAACCGAAGCGUUGUCGGGAAAAGAAUUCCAAUACAUAGAUGGCGAAAGAGUAUCACAACCUCCAUCUUCCAAAACAGACUUGGAAUCAGUUUCUAAGGAUACCACCGAAGACGAUUAUAUGUUGAAGGAAGAACAAAUAAAGUUGGAGGAAGAGAGAUUGAAGAAGUUUGAGGAAAGAGUCCACCAAGAUUUAAUCAACAAACGUAAUGAAUUAUUGCAACGUGAACAGGAAUUGAAGGAGAUUGAGAAGAGAUUGUUGGCUGAAGGAUUGAAGAUGAACGAAGAUGGUGAUAUAGUCAAGAUAGAUGCCGAAGCUUAGUUUAGUGGUAGUUUAGUGUUGUACAUUUACGGUACCUAUACAAUAAACACAGUUAUAUAUCCU